GCGACGGCCCCGGGCGGGCAGAGGAGGCCCCGCCAUGUCCCCGCGCGGGCGCUACCGGUGGGCGCUGCUGCUGGCCUGGCUGCCGGCAGGUUGCCUCUCCCUCCUGGUGACAGUGCAGGAUGCUGAGCGUUAUACCACCUUAUUUGCCACUGUCAUCCUCAAGUGUGACUAUAGCACCUCAGCUCAGCUGCAGGAUGUGGUGGUGACCUGGCGCUUCAAAUCCUUCUGCAAGGACCCCAUCUUUGACUACUACUCACCCUCAUACCAGGCUGGUUUAAAUCUUCACCAGGACCCAUCUACCGACUGCAAUGACAGCCAGCGAAAGGUGCGCAUUGUCAUCCAGAAAUAUGGGCAGAAGGAACCUGUGCUGGGUGUUGACUAUCAGCAAAGAAAGAUCACCAUUCAGAACCGGGCAGACCUUGUCAUCAGUGAGGUCAUGUGGUGGGACCAUGGCGUGUACUACUGCACUGUGGAAGCACCAGGAGAUACCUCAGGUGACAUGGACAAAGAAGUUAAGCUGAUUGUUCUCCACUGGCUCACAGUAAUCCUCAUCGUUCUCGGUGGCCUUCUCCUCCUUCUGCUGAUUGGAGUAUGCUGGUGCCAGUGCUGUCCCCAAUAUUGCUGCUGCCACAUCCCGUGUGUCUGCUGCCCUACCCGUUGCUGCUGUAAUGAGGAAGCACUGGAACGGUACCGAAUCAUGAAGCAGGCUCAGGCACUUGCACCUUGGAUAUCACCCAACAUGUUCUUCAGAGGUGGCGACAGGAACUCACAACUUUCUUCUUACCAGCUGAACCCUCUACUGCAACAAGAUGUGUCUCUGCAGAACAGUCUUCCACUGGUGCAGCCACAAGCUCAGUUUUCUGCUAACAAGGGUGUUUUGGACUAUCUGGAGUCUGAAAUCCAAAACCUUAACAUGUCACAGCUCCAGCCACCCUCCCACCAGCAGCAGGCUGUGCAUCCCAGCCUGCUGUCCUCCCUGGGCUCUGAGAUCAUGCCACCUAUCACAGAUCAUAUCUCCAUCCAUGGGAGCAGCAAUUCUUCACGGCCACAGAGAGCUGCCCGCACCCCCAGAACUUGGGACUAUGCAGCAGAGGACAAGAGGGAAAACCGGAGGUGGCCCUUGCCUUCCAGUGGGGAUUCUCAUUCCAGCUACAGCCGGGAGCCCUGGGACAGGCAGCAAGAGGACCAUCCUCAGAGGCAGAGGAUAGAUGGCUACAAUGGCAGGCCCCUGCACUCCAGACGGGAUGCAUCACCACCAAGCCAGGCUGACAGGGGCAGGGGCAGCAGCAGCAACUGCAGUUUCUAUCCAGAGGAGGCCAAGGAGCGCUCCGGCCAUCAUCGUGGUGGGAGGCAGGAGCCCGCAGGGAGGCGAGACUACCAGCAUCACACCAGCAGAAGCAAUAGCUCAGGUCAGAGGCGGCACAGCUACUCUCCCCCCUCUCGCAAAGGGUCAUGGAGCUCCUCAGAAGAGCAAGUUCAUCUCCCAGUGACAAACCGCAGGCGGCGGUCCCGGUCUCGGGAGUGGCCAGAAGAUAAACCCCCCAGUUACCGCUCCUUAGAAAUCAUCCCAGGGCAGGACAAGAAGCACAAAGGCAGUGCAAGGCCACGCUCGGACAGAGGAAGUUCCCACAGUGGAAGAAGCAUAGUCAUUUAAUGCCAGUAAUGAAAGAACUAAGAUUCUCACUGGACUCCUCUUAGAUCCUUCUACUUUGUAGGUUGGAAUGCUGCUCUUGAUUGAACAGACAACCAGCAAAAAAACCCAAAAAACUGAUAAAGCAGCUUCCCCUCAGAUUUACAGCUCCAAAGGAUCUUCGUCUAGUGCCCAGGAAAGCAAGACAUAACCCUUUUUUGUUUCUAUGACUUGGAAACUUAGGUUUGCAAUGGGCUAUGGUCUGUUGGAAACAGCAGGUAUUUUUCAGUAAAUGGUAUAUCCCCAGUCUUUAAAGAGAGAUAUCAAUUGUCUUUAUUAGGUGCCCUGACACUGCAAGGAGCCCACUCCAUAGAAUGCUGGUCCUUUGCACACUGGUUACUGGAGAAGAGCUACAAUGAUCAGAAUUAUGAAUAGAAUAAUUUAGGUUGGAAGAGGCCUCCAAAUGUCACCUGAUCCAGUCCCCUGGGAGUUUGGUGUAGGAAGGCACAGCAUCUCCUUUGUGAGGUCCUGUUGUUGUGCUUCAGAAUAUGUAAUGUUUGGUGCUUUUGCUGGGCUGCUCAGCAUAGCUGGGGCAGUUGCUUCUUUUUCUCUUCCAAACACAAUGAUCACUGAGUUGGAAGGAUGUUUGACUGCCUUAAUAAGGGCUCACUAGCAUGUCUGCAAAUUACCAUCUUAUCUGCCUUACGCUGACUGAAACAACCUGCCCUACAUGAAGUUUACACCUUAGGGCCUUAAAAAUCACUUAUUCACCAAGCUUUUAAACCAGGCUUGAAUUUAUUUGUAAACUUAACGAGCUAAAUUGACCAAGGUUUGGCCAUCUCUACAGGAGCUGAGUUUGCUCAGUACUGACUACUGUCCCUCACACUAUAGACCAGAAUUUCCUUCAACUCUAGGAAGCAUGGCUUUGGUGGAUGCAUCUUGCCUAAGCCAUGUACUCUUCCAUGCUCUAUAUUCUCCCUUUGUUCUCUGUGCCAUGUAUCAUAUACAUGGGGUGAUAUAAAGGGCUCAGAAAAUGUUUUACAGUCACCUUUUUAUUAAUAUCCUUGAUCCUUACUCUUCAAGCAACUCCACAUAUGUUGUGCAUCUGAUGUGUAGCUAGACUGCAGGGAUUUCUCAUCUCUCACCUUGCAAAUAGAACAGAGAAUUUCUUUAUACUCUUAAGAUCAGUUGUGAAGGAGAAGAACUUGCCAUUUAUCCUUGAUGUGAUUCAUCCACUGUUUUCAUUUAAAAUGUGCUGGAAAAGGAGAGGCUCUCUGGCUGCUGGCUGCUUCCACAGGAAACUGGCUUGCCAAAGGCACUUCUUAAGAUUCAAGAGACUCAGCUGUUGUCAGGGAGCUUUUGGAGCAUCUUGUGCAUUAUUUUGUAACCCAGAGGUACUAGAGAUUGGCCAUUAUCAAUGACUGCAUCUCCUACCUUAUUUCCCAGCCAGUGCCACAUGGGACACUUGCUACUAUUUGGUCUUUAAUGUCCUGAUUACUGAGGUGCUUAUACUUCCCCGUGGAAGACUGACAGGGAGAGGCUUUCACUUUGCCCACUUCCUUUUUUUCUUUUCUUUGGACAGUUAUGGGAAACAUCAUGCUUGGAGCAAAUGCUCCUGCCUGAAUGCUCUGAUGCAGUUACUGGUUGAUCAAAGGCCACUACAUACAAAGAGUGCUGAUUUUCCUACAGUUUCUUGGCUGACAGUGCUUAUAUUUAAUUGUGUGUAUGGAGGUAAAACAGGAGGACCCACUAGUUCUCUGGUUGACUUUGUUUCAGAACCAGAGGCUUACUUUUGAAGACAGAGGGGCUGUUCACCAGUGAGGGCUAGCACAAAUAAAAACGAGUGGAAACUCUGAAGUUUGAAUUCAAGAAAGGAAGGCUGUAUUAAGUGUAGUCCUUGUCUCCAUUAAACCCAAACUAUGAAUAAUGUGACUGACCCAUGAGUUACAUCUGAAAUACGGGGAAUUAAGUGUGUUCUCCAAACUUGCAAAGCCAGUAUCACUCUUGAAUCUGGUUCUUAGCCACUGGCUGUCAAUCAUUUUUAUUCUUAUUUAAUGACAUGCUGAGGACUUCAUGCACUCUGUCUUCUAUAAUGUGCUAGUAUUUUUAUUAGUUAGUAGGAGUUUAUGGCGAUGGAAUAACAGAAAAUAAUAUGGACUCCUUCUCCCUAAACUAUCAUUCUGAUCUGACUUUAGCAUUGCCCUGUGGCAAUUUUUAGCAGAUACCCAGGGCCCUGCAGAUUCUACCCUUAGAAGCUAAACUGAGACAUCAGAUGAGAUCCCAAGAUGUGUUCAUUUUCCUUAGCAUUCAGUUGUGUAUAAGCCAACAUAUAUCCACCAAGCUUUCCCAAGAGCAAGAACUCCCUCACACAGCAAGAAGACUCUUGAAAAGAAAACCCAGAUGACUGUGUAACAGUAGGAGCUGUUGAAGCUUGCUGUAGAAUGAGCACACUAACUGUAGAGGUUGUGGGUUUAUCCAAAUGCUAUGAAGGAGCCCUCCAUCUUUAUUUGUUCCUCUAGUCUCCAUCAUUGAGUUAGGGUGACCAGUUGGAGACUGUGUGAACUUGGUUUGUGCUGGGUGAAGUCUGAAGAGUUUUAUCUUUAUCAUACCGGAGCUCCUCUUCAGUUACCUUAUUCAUGUUUAUAGAAACAUUAAACAAAAGUCUUCAAGGAAAAUUGAUUGUAUCUCAGUCUUACCUUCUUAAAUUGUGUUAGAAGUAGAUUAGGUUAUGCAGCAAGGAAGCAGAAAUGGUACCAGGUUUACUGGUUUACGCAGGUUUACACAGACCUACUGCGGUUUGUAAAACACCAGCUGUGAAAUAAUGACAAGGAAAUGUUACACAUUAGUGCUUUACAAGUGCAAGCAGACAGAAAAGUGGGAAAGAAAAAAUUAGUAUGUUUCACAUAUGGGAGUUAUUGCCAUUCUAGACUUCUAAUCUUCCUGUCAUGCACUUAAAGGGAUAUACCUUACCCCCAAGAAUGAAUUUUCUGUCUCAGAUAAAGUGCCUUGAUGGCCACUGGAGUUGCGCUAAUUUAAAAUGAGUAUGUAAUGAUUGAGUAACCAUGCCACAUGGGCAGAUAAGGAUGCUCGUGCUGCUCCUUGUCAGCUGCUUUCCACCUCAGACCAGAGAUUCAUAAGAGAGAUAAAAAAUCAUGUCAUUUUAAUUUGAUCAAGAAAGGACUUGCAAUAUCUGGCUUUCUUGCUUAUUUGCAGAACCCACUAUCAUUCUGGAAUGCCAUUCCAGGAAUGGAGGGCAAGGGCUGCUUCUUGUGCAAUCAUUGAUCUGAUCUUGGCAAGUGCCUGUUUGGCAGUAGAAAGUGCUGAAAAGCCCAGUUGCUAUCUCCGGGAUUGUAUUUGUGAUAGCACUAGCUAAGGUUAGGCUAACUUCAGGUUGGGCGAAGUUACCUGGUGUGAUACCAACCACAAUGCAAAGCUCUUCAGUGGUGUGUAUUACUACAUAAGAGUAGCUAAGCCCCCUUUGUGUUACUACCUCCAGCAGCACAUCAGUUUAAAACACCCACUCAAUAUGCUUAGUGCCUUCCAUUUGUCGACCUGACACAGGAGAGAGAUGACACUUGAGGUUGUAUUAAAUUAACCUCCACAAGCAGUGACUGCUUCUUGCUAUUUCUGCUAAGUUUAAUGCCUAUAAUGUGCCUUGUGCUGGUCUUCUGAAUAUUAUUCCAUCUAUAAAAGCAGAUGGUAAGUGUGUAGAUUCUUUUCAAUGACUGUCAAAUGUAUAAUUAAAGAGAACUUUCAA